AUGUCCGCACGCGGCGAUAAUCAAUACCGCACGCGAAGUUCCAGUGCCAAGCGAUCGUUGAGCUUUAGCUCGCCAUGUACCCGUGUCGUGAGCCCUCCAAGCCUCUCUCCAAGUCAGGACAAACCCACUGACCGUGUCUUAACCUUCUUGCAGAGUGCACGUGACCGAAACGUACCCGUUCGCUCUGGCAAGUGGAGUACCGCAGAAGACGCGUAUCUGGCCAAGCUUAUUUGGCUCUUCAAAUCCGGAAUAUUGGCAGACAUGGAGCCUAAGACGUCCCUUCGGUCCUUCCUAGCAGUAAUGCUUAACUGUUGUCCCAUGCGCAUCUCAAAGAAGCAAAUGCAUGGACACAAUUUCAUGGGUAAGAUCAAAUACAUGCCACAAGUGACUCAAAUGACAGAACAGCAAUACGAAACGCUUUGUCGCGAGGUCAGGACGCUACGAGAUGCAUUUUUACAAGCGUGGGCCAAAGAUGAGUACGCUCGACGUAACUCGACCGUCGAAAUGUGUGACUCAAGCUUCCAAGAGUGGUUCAAUAAGGUCGUAGCACUUGUACCUACACCUAAAUUGGUCAGAAGGUCAAUUCUUCAAAGCACCAAAAAGCGGCGCAUUGAGUCAUUCAACACACUCACAGCGCAAAUGGAAGAUGUCACGACGCAAAAAGUCCAAAACUUGGCUACAGCUCAACCACAGCCAGAGACGCAAGAGCAAGAUAGUGUGCAGACCAAUGCAUUCAUUACGAUGCUGGAACCAGCCGAAAUUAUUUCAGAGAAAUCCGCACCCGUUCCUGAAUCAAAUUCUGGCUACAAAGUGAUGAUGCUUCCGGCUGCAUACUGUGAUGAAAUCGGGAGUAUGGAGGAUUGGCUGGAUCUAAGUCAUACUGACGCUCAUUGGACCGACACUAAUAGUGACAAUCCAGGAGAAGUGUGCUACACGUUGUGUGAAGAUCAAGUGCAAGUAUCCGUGCACAUGAGUGACCAAGAUCCUGCAGCUAAUGCAUUGUCCAUGACGCGACAGUCGUCAAAAUUGCUAAUUGACUUUGGUGCACCAAGUUGCUGGUCCACAAGCGAAGAGCCCAAAUCCCUCUACGACUAUUCUCAUUGGUCCGAGACUGAUUUUUCCAACGAAUUAGCUAUGGGCAUUGAUCCUAAUGUGUUUAACUGGGACGACAUGUUGCCACUUCCUCAGGUGACAAACAGUCCGACGCUGAAUUUUCCAUAA